AGUAUAUUUGUGAUUCAUCGUUUAUUCUAAUAUCUUGCAUAAUUUCUUAUAGCAUUUUAAUAUAUGUGUAAAUAAAAUUUAAUACAGGUUUGUUAAUUUUUGUAUUAAAAUACAAUGGCAUUGUUGUGGGAAGAAUUUUAUGAUAGAACUCCAAGACCUUCAAAUCUUGAUGAAAAUGAAAAGCUCUUGAACAAUUUUGCAAAACAUCAUAUUGAGAAAAACAAUAAGAUUGUUUUAAUAACAAGUGGUGGCACAACUGUUCCGUUAGAACAUAAUACAGUGCGAUUUGUAGACAAUUUUAGUGCAGGAAAUCGAGGUUCAAUUUCAGCAGAGUACUUUUUAGAUCAUGGUUACGCAGUUAUUUUCAUGCAUAGAUUGAAGUCGUUAGAACCUUUUUCUCGACAUUUUUCCGGACAUAAAUUUUUAGACAUAAUGAAUUUAACAAUGAUAAAUGAUGUUACUUCAAUAUCAGUUGCACCACAAUAUGUUAAUAAAAUAUCAAAAAUUUUAAGAAAAUAUAAAGAAACUUUGAAAGAUAACAAACUUCUGCAAAUAUGUUUUACUACUCUUUCUGAAUAUCUUUGGCUUCUUAGAAGUGCUUGUCAAGCGUUGACUAUUUUAGAAAAUAGAGCUAUUUUAUACUUGGCAGCUGCAGUAUCUGAUUUUUACAUUCCUUCGAAUGAAAUGGCUUUACAUAAAAUUUCUUCAAGUGGAGCUCCAUCCAUUCAUUUACAACUAGUUCCUAAAGUAUUAGAGCCUCUUGUCAAUCUUUGGGUUUCUAAGGCUUUUGUUGUAUCAUUUAAACUUGAAACCGAUGAAAAUAUUCUCAUUUCUAAAGCUCGUGAAGCAUUAACAAAAUAUAAUCACAAUUUAGUGAUAGCAAAUAUAUUACAGACACGUAAACAACAAGUUGUUUUUGUUAGUCAAGAAAACGACUAUAUCUUAUCGCUUACAAAUGAACAAAUACAAAAUGGAGAAGAAAUAGAAAAGUUCAUAGUCCAAAAUCUCAUAGAAAAACACGAAAUUUGGAUGAGAUCUCAAAAACUUGACUAGUGAUAUGAAAUAUGUUAAUAUAUUUUUACAAUUUAACGAUAGAACAAAAUAUUUUAUUUUUUCAAGAAA